UAUAUUCAUAAGGGGUGUCUUUGAAAGAGAACAGAGGGUGAGGAGUGUCUGAUACAAAAUUUUAAUCAGGAGAAAGGAAAGAUGGUGACGUCACCGGUAGUCAACACGUAUCCACUGUCGAGCUACACAUUUGGGACGAAGGAGCCGAAGAUGGAGAAGGACACCUCCGUCGCUGAUCGUCUCGCUCGCAUGAAAGUCAAUUACAUGAAAGGGGGCAUGAGGACAAGUGUCGAUGCAAUUUUAUUGGUUCAGGAGCAUAAUCAUCCUCACAUACUUCUUCUUCAGAUUGGAAACACAUUCUGCAAACUUCCUGGUGGGCGUCUGAAGCCAGGAGAGAAUGAAAUUGAGGGGUUGAAAAGAAAGCUGACCAGCAAGCUUGGUGCCAAUUCAUCUGCCCUUGUGCCAGACUGGCAGAUUGGUGAAUGUGUAGCGAUCUGGUGGAGGCCAAACUUUGAAACUAUAAUGUAUCCAUAUUGCCCUCCCCACAUUACCAAACCCAAGGAGUGUAAGAAGCUUUUCCUUGUUCACUUGUCUGAGAGAGAGUACUUUGCAGUCCCCAAAAAUUUGAAACUUCUUGCUGUACCAUUGUUUGAACUCUAUGAUAAUGUCCAGAGAUAUGGGCCAGUUAUAUCAACCAUUCCUCAGCAGCUUUCUAGAUUCCAGUUCAAUAUGAUCACCACAUGACUUAAGCAUAUGGAUAUGAAGAGCUCUCACCUGCAUGGUGCUGCUUAGAUUCUGAGAGCUAUGAAUCCAUGAAUUCCAAGAGCUAAACCUGGAAUUCCUAAGUUAUCCUGACGACAGAAGAUUAACAUUAUAACGAACUCUAUCAUCUAUAUUUGGUAACUUGGUAUAAUUUUAUUUUCUAUGUUAUUUUAUUGAGCUUAGGUUCUUGGGUAAUUCUUGGCUUGAUUUCUAGUUUUAGAGCCACAUUUUAUAAAUUGUUUGAUUGUAUUAAUGGUAAAAUGUCACGAAGAAUCACUGUUGCGGAUUUGAUGAGCUGCGGAGUCAUGUUCCCUUUGCAAAAUUUUCUGGGCAGUGCCGAUUAUGCUGCCGUUGUAACAUAACUGUAGUUUACAUGUUGCAGUUUUAACAUGAGUGUAUUAGUGAAUUGAGAAUGAUCGGUUAUGCCUAUUCAUUCGUGGCUAUGUUCUUCGAAACAUAGAUUUUGGUAAAUAGUUAGCUUAUGAGUAUGAGAUGUGUCCGGUGUUGUAUAACCACAAAAUUGUUGAACAGUGAGAUACGAGUCAUUUAAAAAUAGUUAGCUUAUAGAAAUUGCCUUAUUUAUAAA